AUGCGACCUACAACAAUUACUCGUCUAGUUGUCCGUUCAGGCCUGCUAGUCACAUCCAGAAAUGGCGGUGGUCAGCGCUGUCUGACUAUGCUGCAUCCUCCAAAAUUCGAGAAUGAAAAGAUGUUGAACUACGCCAAGGGUUCUCCCGAAAGAGCAGAGUUGACGAAAACAAUUCAAAAACUAAAGAGUGAAUUCCCAGUCACUAUUCCCAUUCAAAUCAAUGGCGUCGAGAUCCAAACAAAGCAGUCCCGAGCUCAACUCAACCCUUCAAAGCACCGGGAAGUUGUCGCAAACUAUGCAUCAGCAACACCAGAUCAAGUCAACGCAUCAAUUGACGCGGCUUUGAAGGCAAAGCCUCAAUGGGAAGCCACACCUUUCGAAGAUCGUGCGGCUAUUUUCCUUCGCGCCAGUGAACUGAUCACCGGCAAAUACCGUUCAGAACUUGUUGCAGCAACCAUGCUGGGACAGGGCAAGAAUAUCUGGCAAGCUGAGAUUGAUGCCCCAGCUGAAACGGCUGAUUUCCUCCGCUUCUACAUCCAAGAAGCAUGGGCUCUGUACUCUCAACAGCCUCAAGUUCAACCAGAUGGACAAUGGAACAAGAUGGAAUAUCGUCCAUUGGAAGGCUUCACCUACGCUAUCGCGCCCUUCAAUUUUACUGCGUUGGGUGCGACACUUGUUGGACCGGCAGCCCUGCUUGGCAAUGUUGUUGUCUGGAAGCCUUCGGACUCGGCACUACAUGCUAGUUGGUUGCUCCAUAAGAUUUUACUGGAAGCCGGUCUGCCUAAGGACGUCAUUCAGUUCCUGCCUGGCGAUGCCGAGGAAGUGACCAACACUGUUCUGAAGAGACCUGAGUUCGGUGCUCUCACUUUCAUUGGAUCUACCGCCACGUUCAAGGGUCUGCAAAAGAAAAUUGGUGAUGGAAUUGGCCAAGGUAUUUACAACUCAUAUCCUCGUGUGAUUGGCGAGACAGGCGGGAAAAACUGGGGUGUUGUGCAUUCAUCCGCAGAUGUUAAGAGCGCCGCUUUGAACACUAUUCGAGCAGCCUUCGAAUACCAAGGCCAAAAAUGCUCGGCAAACUCGCGAGUAUAUGUGGCAGAGUCUGUUUGGCCAGAGUUCCAGAAGACUCUUGUCGAAGAAACCGCGGCCUUGAAGGUUGGCCCUGUUGAAGAUUAUGCCAAUUUCGUCAACCCCGUGAUUCACGAACGCUCUUUCGACAAGCUGAACAAAUUCAUCGAAGAUGCAAAGACCGACUCGGAACUAGAGCUACUUGUUGGCGGCAAGGCCUCCAAGAAAGAGGGAUUCUAUGUGCAUCCAACUGUCUACCGCACAUCUGACCCUCGGCACGAGAUCAUGUCUACCGAGUUAUUUGGUCCUAUUCUGGGUGUUUAUGUUUUCCCCGAUUCAGAGUGGGAGCAGACCCUCAAAUUAAUUGAUACGACAUCUCGCUACGGCCUCACCGGUAGCAUCUUUGCGAAGGAUCCUUAUGCUAGCCGUCAGGCUCAGACUAUCUUGAAGCAUGCUGCUGGUAUGCUUUAUCUUAACAGCAAGUGCACUGGCGCUACCGUUGCCCAGCAGCCUUUCGGUGGAAGUCGAGACUCAGGCACGAAUGAUAAGACUGGCACUAUGGCUCAUCUUCAGCGAUUUGUUAGCACUCGCACAAUCAAGGAAGAGUUUGUGCCUUUGGAGAAGGUUCAGUAUCCUUCAAACGAGGUUUAA